AUGUGUGAGCUCGCAGGAUGCAGCGAAGAGUCCCUUCGCAAGACGUUGGGGAUCCGCAUGAAACGUUCUGCAUGCUUCCUUACCAACACCAAGCAAUUCAAGAGUCCUCCGCCUCUUUCUGCGGCAGCCGCACCUGAAGUCCCCGCUGGCGAGCCCCUUAUUCUUUAUGAACCCAAGGAAGUAGGCGAACGUAAAGUGGAAGUUGACCCCAUGCUGACGAGAUUAGACUCGCCUGGAGCACCGUAUGCUGCAGCUGCUUGGUACCGUUUGCCUAAUGCGGGACGUAGGUGGCUCCGCGAACAUCAGAGGGAGGGCGUGCGCUUUAUAUUUGAAUGCCUAAUGGGACUCAAGGAAUUCGACGGCUGCGGCUGCAUCCUUGCGGACGAUAUGGGGGUAAGGGCCUGUAACAUUGCGAUAGACCGGCAUCUAUACAGUUCAGUUAAGGUCAGGUGCCGAAGCUUUCCGUUGCAUGCUUGCUCGCAGUCUCGCGUGCUCAUUGCAAGCUACGAAACAUUCAGAGCUCACGCACAUCGUGUUGCAUCCGUCCCAAUUGAUCUUAUAAUCUGUGACGAAGCUCAUCGUCUGAAAAACGACAAAACGAAGACAUCCGUCGCUAUUAGCCAGCUUCCUGCCAAGCGCCGACUCCUUCUCAGUGGAACUCCUAUUCAAAAUGACUUGGACGAGUUUUACUCCCUAGUGUCCCUCUGCAACCCCAGUGUUCUUGGGGAUGCACAUACAUUUCGUCGACGGUAUGCUUCCCCUAUUCUAGUUGGAAGAGAGCCUGGGGCGACGGAUUUUGAACAGGAACUGGCAGCUGAAAGACUAGCGGAACUCUCUUCUAUCACGAACCUUUUUAUUCUUCGACGCACGAAUGCCCUACUUGCAAAAGUACUGCCCCCCAAGGUCAUCAUCAAUUUGUUCUGCAACCUCACGCCACUGCAAGUUGCCUUCUACCAAGAAUUUCUGAAGUCCAAAUGCUGCAGAAAGCUCUUAGACGCAGAUGGGGGCGGUGGAUCUUCGGCUGUCACCGGGAGGGUCCUAUCAUCAAUACAAGGACUGAUGAAGCUUUGUAACCAUCCCACACUUGUUAAAAACCAGUCUCUGCUCCUCACGGGAUUCGAGAAGUGCGCAAAGCUCUUUGAUGAGCUAGAUAUAGAGGGCACAAAGGCCCGUGUUCGAUUACUGCAUGCCAUUCGCGUGAAUACGAGCGACAAGGUCGUCCUCAUCAGUAACUACACGCAAACCCUCGACUUAUUUGAGCGGCUGUGCAAGGAUUCUGGAUAUCCUUGCGUUCGCCUGGACGGCUCGACAUCUAUUAAGAAGCGCCACGACCUUAUCACCAAGUUCAACGAACCUAGUGGCUCGGCAGCUACCAGCUUCGCGUUCUUGCUUAGCAGCAAGGCUGGGGGGUGUGGCGUUAAUCUAGUGGGCGCCAACCGUCUCGUUCUUUUCGAUCCAGACUGGAACCCGGCGAAUGACAAGCAGAGGCAAAUAUGCAAAGACGGUCUGAGUGCCAUGCUUGUCAGCGAAGGGGAAAACCAAAUAAAGGACUCGCUUUCGACCGACAUAGUAAAAGACUUAUUUCAGCUCCGCUCAACGCUAUCUGAUACGCACGACAUGCUUCAAUGUCAGCGCUCUGAUGAAGACAGUGAACCGCUGGGAAUGGUCCCACAGCUCUCAGAUGGCUUUGAAGAAGAUGAUCUCCUCACCUGGGCGCACCACGCGGAUUUGAAGACAGUGCCUGAUGCAAUGCUGGUCAAGGCAAUUGAGGCAGAGCAGGAGAAUGCCCCAGAACAUACAAUGCUGGGACCAAGCAUUUUCGAGGAUGAUAAAAGCUCCGGCAAUCUGAAAGAGGCACCUGGCCAUUUUCAACCGGUGUCAUUCGCUAUGUCUUGCAGGGUCGAAUUUAAUAGAGAGGCUGAAGAACAUGUGGCACUCACUAAGGCAAAUGCGAGUCAAGUACCCACGCUGAAGAAGAAGAAGAACGGAGAUGGCUCUGGAGCAGCGGAGGCUAGGUCAAAUUCAGCAGCAUCAGCUCUUCUCGAGGCCGCUACGGGCCCAGCGGCGUCUGCGUGCUUAACGAAUGCCCUCAUUGCAAAGCCGGUUGAACGGAAUAGUUCUGCAGCUUCGUCAGAUGGCAGGGAGAACGCAGCUGGUGAAAUAUCCACAGCUUUGGGCCUAGCAGCAGCCCCUGCCGGAGAGCCCAUCAUUGAUGAUGGUAAUGCCUCAGAACUUUCCAGCGCCAGUGAAGACACCACAACAAGUGAAGAUGACACGCAUACGGAGGACUCAGAUGCGGUGAUGGAAGAUACCAGCGACAGCAGCUCCGAUUAA